UUCCAAACCUUGUGUGGUAGUGCCAGUAGCUACAGGUUCUACGACAGUAGACCAACAUGCAGGUGAUCUUUUUUUGCUGUUUGGCUGCUGUUGUCGGUACAGUCGGGGCUGUUUACGGUGAUGCCUGCAGUAUCAUGACAGGAAGCAACCUGGGAGGAUCAGAUAAACAAAUAGUUGAAGCAGACGUCCCUAAAAACUGCACUUUUGGUGACGUGGACUGGAACUAUCCCAAGGGCUACCUGAAGCUGAGACUAAAUCUACCUGGACAAACUUUCUCCCUGUGUCUUGAGGAGGCUUGGGCGACGUCUAUCACAGGGGUCAAGGACGUCACAGAGGGGAGGGAUGUUGAGUUACCUCUACCCAGUGCAGGUGUCGAUUCGUGUGCCAAGUCUGCCCACAGCACCGUAGAGUUGCUGGUCAGCUCACCCCACGGGCAGACGUACAUGACCGGGUUUAACUACAAGGUGAUCAUCACGUGAUCGAGUCUUGCGGUGUAAGGGAGAUGCUGAUUGGUCAGCGCUACUUUCAGAUUGUCCAAUCGCAGUGGAUCUAAAGAUUUAAUGAAAUAGCUCUUUU